AUGGUCGAGAACUGGGGUAUGAUGCAACGCAUGCUCAACUUCAAGGAAACCAGUGAUUGCACACAUCUCAAUGAGAGGGUGGAAAAGGUCUCAAGCUUCUGGGGUGAGCGGAAAAACAACUCACCGAAGCGCCAGAGACCAGAGGGCGAGGACAACGGCGAAGUCUCCCGGCCUUCCACCGCAGAACCGGGUUUCUUGCCACCCUUUACACCAACCCGAAGUCGCGCGGGCACUCCCAGCACGCUGCGGCGCCGAGUGCUGAAAGACAGGGUCACUGCGCUGAUGUUGGACGUCACCACGGAACAGCUCAAGGAGCAGAAGCCCAUGCCGGUGCAAUACAAAAAGGUGGCCUCCUGGACCAAGGAGGCAAAACCCUCGAGCCCGGUCAAGCCUCAGUCAUUGACAUCUUCGCUUGGCAAGUCACAGUCUUUGACCACUUUGAACCUGCCGGAAACCAGUUGGCGUGCAGAGGCGCCUCUGCGCUGGUCACGCAGCCAGGAAAAGAGCUUGCUUCGCAGUGCUUCCUCCAAGUAUUGGGGCUCCAACCAGGCGUGGCAAGAACCACCCGAGGGUGCACCUCCCAGAAAAGCACCGAGCUUGGAGGAUCGCUACUUGAGCACCUGCCGAACACGCCGUGCCGUGCCUGUUCCCUUGUCCUUUGUGGAGGGUCAGUCAGCCAAGCUAGAUGGCCGUGACAUGCUGGAGGAACAGAUGAAGGCUUUGGUGCAGAUCUUGGAGGGUAAAGUGGAAGAAGUGAACAUGGAGAACAAUCGACUCGUCACGGAUCAAACACUGGCGCCGCUCUUUCAAAAGCUUCAUGCACCGCACAUGAGAGACUCCCUGCGGACCAUCAAUCUGAGACACUGUCGCGCGGGUUUGAACACCCUGGAGAUGUGCGUAGAGCUUCUGCCAGUGGCCAUGAACUUGAGACACGUGGACCUGAGCGGAUUGCCCAUGGCCGUGAAGUUACAGCUUCCCCUUUGCAUGGGCCUGGGAAGUCAUCAGAACCUUGAGUCUGUGGCACUCGCUGGUGUUGGCUUGGGAGGCACCUUUUGCACUGCCGAAUGCGCACGUCGGCUGGUGGGUUCCAUGAGCUUUAGCUCCUUAGACUUGAGUUGGAACUGCUUCGAUGCGGAAGACUUUCAGCAGAUGGGGAAGCAGCUCAUGCAGACCAAGCCCGGGGGUUCGAAGUUGAAGAAGCUCUACUUGGACAGCACGUCCUCGGUGGUUGGCAAUUACGAUUGUUCCAUCUCGGAGCUGUUGGAGGCCUUGUCCUACAACACCUCCUUGACGUAUUUGAGCAUUGCAGCCAAUCGCAUUGACUUCAAGCCAGCCUUGGUCCUGGAGGAUGCGCUGGCAAACCACCAACACAUGCGAAACAUCAACAUCUCCCAGAAUCCAUUGGGGUCCUUGGGAUUGCGGAGUAUGUUGCGGCUUUUGGCCCGAAAGAACAAUCAGAUCAGGCACUUUGAUGCAGAGGGCUGCUUCACCGGCGGUCCAGAUCACGAAGACGACAUAGAGCAAAGCGUUGCCUGCAAGACCUUCUCGUUCACUAACCCAGGUGGACGAUAUCGACUGGACCUGAAACGGCCCUAUCACCGGGCCAUGCUGCGGAUGCUUUGCAAGACAGCAGAGCGCUACAAGGUGCCCUUGGAGAAGCCGAUGAGCGAUGUGAGCUACUCCUUGGGGAGCUUGCCCCCAGUGACCAAGCACCCUUCCAGCGGCAUUUGGCAAGUGCCAAGUGCCGGAGAGCUCUCCUUCACCUUCAGCGUGGAAAGUGAGAUCGAGGCCAAUAUGCAGGGCGUGGACGAAGAUGACUUCGUAGGAUUUCUCCAGAAGCACUUCCAAUUCACCCGCUUCCACCCGAGCUGGAACAAAGUGGUCCCGCUCUGUGCCAAGUGGGCCGAGCUCAAUGGGAGAUCCUUGGAUCAAGAAGUCUUUAUCCAAGCAUUAGCAAAAGACUUCAACAUGACGGUGGGCUAUGUGCAACACCUCUGCAAUGCAGCCCCAGCCAUGGAAGCAGAGGUGAUCAAUGCGAUGCUUCCAUGCACUCCGGAGGAUGGAGGCUCUCGCUACCUGCUGCUUCAGACCUUACGAUCGUUGCCUGCCUUCGUCAUGACGUAUCAGACCAUGGAGUGCUUCUUGCUUUUCAACGUCUCCAACCCCACGGGACACUACAAACUUGAGCUGAACAACACCUCACAGUUCGCUGUGGCACAGCGCUUACUACUGCUGGAUCGAUGGGAGGUGGUCAUGAACAAGCGCAGGGGCCGAGUGGACAUUUCUUCGCGGGGGAACGAGUCGCACUUCCGGAACGAGCUCCAUGCAGGGCAGCCGCUGCGGAGCCAAUCGGUGGCGGAGUGGACCUUGCCCGAGGCAGAUGAGUUUGAGUGCGACUACGUGAGCUCCAAGCGUCCAUCGGUCACAGCUCAAGCCCUGACAGAUCAGCUCUGGGAGCGGUUAAUGGUCAACCUCCACAAGUCUCAAUGCUCAGAUGAGGAGAGGUUGAAAGUGAUCCGGGCCAUCAGUCAUGAGAUCUACAUCACGGCCAAACACAUGCGCCAGAUGAUGGGUUUUUUCAAAGAGAGUCAACAUCGGCAGGAGGCCUUCGUGAUGUUCUACACGCGAAUUAUUGACGUGCAAAACAUGAAGCUGUGCUACGUGCGCUUGGGAAAGGAAGAAGAGCUUAUGAGUCUCCAGCACCGCUUGGGACAAACCUUCUUCUUCCCUUUUUUCCAGCCAGAGAAUGCCAAGUUUGAGUUGGAUUUGAGUUUCAACGACCAUCGCAUCGUGGCGAAGAUGUUGGUCUCCUUGGCGGCUCGUGAAAAGCCGAGCAAUUUGAGGGACCCUGUUUGGCAGAAGAUCGACGGCACGUUGGACGAAUUCGCCAUGGGCAUCCCCCGAUCCUGGGAGACACAGACGCCAACCAGUGGCAUUUUCAAGUGCCGCUACGUGUGUUCAGCAGAUGAUCGAAAUGUUGCCUGGCGCAAGGGUCUUGCUCAGAAGUACAGCUACUUCCCUCGAGAAGUGACCGACAGUGUCUCUCGGCGGGAGUGCAUGGCAUUGUGUCGGCAUUCCAUGGCCUGA